GAGGCAAGAGCACGCUCUCGCUCGUCCCCUUCCUUGCUUGCUCGGCUGCCGCGACCUUUGUGGGGAAUCUAACUUACUCGCGCGCAAAACUUAGAAGGAAGAUGAGGUACUGAGUGCGCGUCCGAGUGUACAGUUGUUCCUGCACUUGGCCUGUACAAUCGCAAGAUCUGUAGAUCUUGCCUCUACAAUGACUGUUAUGUGAUUGUUUCUCAUCAAAUUAUGUGAUUACUUACACAGACGAAAGAGAAAAGAAAAUAGGAAAUAUGCAGAACAAUUAUACUCAAGUUGGACUAUAUUAUAGUAUGAUUGUGCAAAGUUGUGUCGAGGGUUACUGAGAGGUGCUCAUGACUUAUCGACCGUUAAGUUCGUCGUGACCUUCUGAACUUGAUCGAGUGUAAAAUACAGUCGUCUGGCGCCAUCAAGAGUCAUGGGUCAUCGAAGAUGACUCUGACCUUCGUGUAACCCCUGUAAGGUCAACUGGGAGUCUCAUCCAGCUCUAUUAAGGUCAUCUGCAAUACUCAUUUGACAACGCUAAGAUCAUCUUUAAACUCUAAUAAGGCAGGAUGCUGGCGUCUCCCCCGAUCUCUUUCCUCUGCAUCUCCUGCUUAGUCCACAUCGCUCGGGCGGCCGUGACCGACUCCGGCAACUACAGCUGCAGUGCUGGAGACGCCGUCAAUACCUCCGUCAGAGUCAAUGUUCUUGACGGAGAGAGCUCGGCAGCUAUGCAACACUCCACCACUGACGGAGGGAGUCUCGCCUCCUGCCCCUCCCCACUACUCGCCCUCCUCGCCACCUUCCACCUCCUCGCCGCCAGUUAAGACACGCCAAGUGAACGCCACCAACGCCAACAGUGCGUUGAACGCUAGCAACGAUAUCAGUGCGUUGAACGCCAGCAACGAUAUCAGUGUGUUGAACGCCAGCAACGAUAUCAGUGUGUUGAACGCCAGCAACGAUAUCAGUGCGUUGAACGCCAGCAACGAUAUCAGUGUGUUGAACGCCAGCAACGACAUCAGUGCGUUGAACGCCAGCAACGAUAUCAGUGUGUUGAACGCCAGCAACGAUAUCAGUGUGUUGAACGCCAGCAACAAUAUCAGUGUGUUGAACGCCAGCAACGAUAUCAGUGCGUUGAACGCCAGCAACGAUAUCAGUGUGUUGAACGCCAGCAACGAUAUCAGUGUGUUAAACGCCAGCCACGCCACCAGUGCGCUUAAUGUUUUUAACGCCAAGAGUGCGUUAAACGCUAACAGCCCGUGCAACACCAGCAACGUCAACAAAGCACUAAACGCCUACGAGGUCAACAGUGCGUUCAACACCAUCACUGAAAGCCACGCCAGUGAGGACCUGCAAGAGUACAGUGCAACACUGUCGGCGUGUGUGCGUGUAGGUGUGUGUGUGAGUAGUGGGUGUUUGGACAUUACAUAGAUGGUGUAGGAGCAGUGGCUAGUGUACAUGGGUAUCUUCCUCUAUCUCUAUCUCUCUCUCAACACACAGUUUUCAAGUUAUCAUCGCUGCGGGAAUGAAUGAAAGGCUUGCAAUACUUGCAUGCAACAGAACGUGAAUAUAUAUGUGUACGAACAAGGGAGUGGUUGGUUUCAGUACGUCCAAGAUUUCAGUCUGGCGAUCUUGGUUGGCUCGUAGAGGCGUGCACCGGCGCCCGUAGUCCAAGGAACACUGGGCCAGCACUCUGCUAUGUGGGACCUUUGUUUACGGUGAAGGGGCAACACCUUUCAGAAGUCUUCUUUAAAUGCUGGUCCGUGUGGGAUGAGAGCUUCUUGUUUUUGUAUUUAUAUUUAUAAGAAAAUGCAGCAAGCUGUACUAUUUUUGGAGAGCUAUAUA